AUGUUCGAUAGAUUUUGGGGUCGUGGCAAUAAUUUACAAGCAACUCGUGAAGCUACGGCUUAUCUGUUUAAAAAUCAUCUUUACAUGGGUUUACAACCAACUAAAAAAUGGAAGCCACUUUAUUAUAUCUACUCAGCCUUUAUUAAUAUAUCGGUUUUUAUUUGUUUGCCAGUAUCGCUCACUUUAAGCUAUUGCUACGAAUUUAGCCAAAUGACAACCAUGCAGUUCUUGACUUCAUUCCAAAUGGUCACCAAUGUUUGGGGUAUACCAGUUAAAGUUCUAACAAGAAUGUUUUUCAUAAAACAUCAGCACCAGGCCUUGGAUAUAUUGGACACUUUAGAUGCUAGAUGCCAGCGACAGGAUGAAUACAAAAAUAUACGUUCUUGUGCCAUAAUAGGCAAUCGUUUGGCAUUAUUAUUUAUGGGUUUUUAUGUUCUCUACUCAACAGUUACUAUGAUAUCAUCAGUGAGUAUGGGACAUCCACCGUAUACGGUAUUUAUGCCCUUAAUGGAUUGGCGUAAUUCUACAUUGGAUUUUAUAACACAAUCUACAAUUGAAUAUAUUAUCAUGAAUUUGGCCUGUCUUCAUCAGGCUGGUAAUGAUGUUUAUGCUGUCAUUUAUGUCUAUGCCAUACGGACUCAUAUGCAGAUAUUGGUGAAACGUGUCAGUAGAUUGGGGGCGGAUAGGGAUGGAAGUAAUGAUAAACAUUAUGAAGAGUUGGUAAUGUGCAUUAAGGAUCAUCAGAAUUUGUUAAGCUUGUUAGAAAUUAUCAGUCCCCUAAUUUCGAUCACCAUUUUUAUCCAGUUCAUCGUUACCGCCGUCAUACUCGGCACUACCUUAAUUAACAUUCUAAUAUUUGCCGAUUUAUCGGCCCAAAUAGCUUCGGUAGUUUAUUUGCUAGCCGUUUUAAUGCAAACAUUUCCAUGUUGCUAUUAUUCGACCUGUCUAAUCGAUGACAGUGAACAGUUAUCAUUAGCCAUUUUCCAUUGUGAAUGGUUUGACAAGGAUAAACGUUUUCGCAAAAUGUUAAUAUUCUUUUUGAUGCGUUCACAGACGCCCAUAACUCUAACAGCUAUGAAAUUAUUUCCCAUAAAUGUCAGCACAAGUGUGGCAAUAGGAAAAUUUUCAUUUUCUUUAUAUACUCUUAUAAAGCAAAUGGAUUUUGGUGAAAAUUUAAAGAACUAA